UGCUUACGAAUUUUGAUGCCCAGGUUUGAGGGCCCACGACGAAAAAAGUUUAGUCUACAAAUUUUACUCACGCUCUCGCCAAGCUCAGACAUCACCUGUUCUACCACAGUAUCUACCGAUCUUAUUUUCCUACCCGGCGAGGUCCUUUUCAAUGGCGGCCGUUAGCCUCUUGUCGUUAGUUUUAUCGGAAGAUGAAUUUAAAAUUCUAAAUGACUCGAUAAAAAUUAAGUUAGAAGAGGUAUUGAAAAAGCAUGAAAAUGAUUCCAACCACCUGAAUAUCAAAUUUGCCAAGCUCCAAACCCAGUCUGAACAACAGUGUUUUGAGUUGGAUUCACAGCUUCAGCAACUACAAGAUCGUUCACGAAGAGAGGAAUCUCUAAUUCAAGAAUUGACAGAUGGGAAAGCCAAGGUAGAAGCCGAUCUUGCAUCCUCACAAGAUCAGCUCAAUCAUGUUGGAUCAAAACUGGCUUUACUGGAAGCUACUCACCAAGAGUGGAAGAAAGAAAAGGAAUCACUUUCAGAAGAAAAGGAUAAUCUUAAUUCUCUACUUUCAAGAAGAAAUGACGACCUGGAUAGACUUACAGGGGAGCUCAAGGCUUUAACUGAUCAACUUGUUCAUGCCAAUAAAGAAAAAUCUGAAGCCCUUAUAAAAACUGAAGAACUUAACAGCCAACAGCUUGCUCUGGAUUACAAAGAAAAAAGGCUGAAUCAAGAACGGGAACUUAUUGUUCGACAGCAGAGGCUUUUGCAAGAUGAACUUGAAUCCAGAACAAAGGAGGUUAUGAACAUCAGACGUGAGAAGACUUCUAAGGUGCUAGAACUGCAAGCAGAUUUGUCUGAGAAAAUUGAAGAGUUACGAAUCGCUCAGAAAUCCAUCGGUGAACUAACAACAACAAUUGAGCGACACGAAAAACAUACUAAAGAAUUAAACGAUAAACUCAAGGAACUAAGUGAAACAGAAAUGAAAAUGUCCGAAAAUAAUAGAAAUGAGCUGAGAUCUCAAAUGAGACUUUGUGAUUUGUACAAAGCAUCGAGUGAAGACGCCCAAGCCAAAGCUGAUGAAAUUACCAAAACUACCGAAGAAUUGCAAAGACUACUUCGUGAUGCCUCAGUGCGAUUUGGAAACCUGGAAACAGAUUCUAAGGCUCAAAUUGAUCAGCUAAAUGACCAAUUACAGAAAAGUUCUGAAACUAAUGGGGAAUUAAAGAAAGAACUUGAACGUGCCAAUGCCUUACUUGAUCCCAACAAAUCACGUUUAAUAACUGAAGAAAACAUAGAAGCUAUGUCACCAUCAGCUGCUGCAGCUUCACGGUUGUUGAAAUCAGGAAUGACCCUGACGCAGAUUUAUAGUCAAUAUGUCUCCAUUUCCGAGCAAAUGCUAUUCAAAGAGGAAGAGAAUAAAAAGCUGAAUAACUAUAUUGAUCAGAUUCUCCAGGAACUUGAAGAUCGAGCGCCAACCAUAGCUCGACAGCGAGAAGACUAUGAGAAAUCAAUUGAAAUGGUUGCCAAUUUAACUAGACAACUUGAUUUAGCUGUAGAAGAAGCGGAAACCGAGAGAGAAAAUGCUCUCGAAGCUCGCCGUAUGCUGGGACAGUCUCAACGAACUUCUCAACGUCUCGAGAAGCAAGUUUCUGAUCUGAGUAAACAAGUUUGUUUGCUCAUUCGUGAAACUGAGGAGCUUCGAGGUAACAGGAUACGCGACGAGCCCGCUGACGAAGACCAGGUGACGUCCAGUGAAGGAUCGGCUGCUGCCGUAAUUAGUCGCCACCUCGUCACGUUCCGUGAUGUUGAGGAGCUUCAACAGAAAAAUCAAAUGUUGCUGACCACCCUCCGUGAAGUAACCGAAAAGCAAGACGCUGCUGAACAGAGUGAGAUUGAUACCAAAACCGCCAAAAUUCAGCGUGCAUUGGAAAAUGCACUGACUGAAGUCGAACACCUUCGAGAUACUCGAAGGCGCCAUGAAGAGCUGAUGGAGAGUGUUAUCCAACAGCGAGACAUGUAUCGCAUUCUACUUCAGGAAGCCGGAUUAGGAGACGCUCAAACACCGUCCAAAUUCCGUAGUGUUGUCACGUCAACUCCUGCUCAAGUUAGGCAAGAAAGUGCUCGACCGGCAGACAUAGAACUGCAGCUUAAUGAGAGUAAAAAGUGUGUGGAAGAGAAGGAGACAAAACUCCAAAGCAUCCUUAAAGAAAAAAAAGAGAGGGAGGCUGCUUUAGACCACCAAAUUCAAGCACUUCAAGGCCAGUUAGCUGAAUUAAGGGCACAGAACGUACGGUUAAGUACACAUAACGAAUAUUCCGAUUCGAAGGAAAAGUUACUGCAGGGUAAUUUGGAUUCUUGCAAGAAACAGUUAAACGCUUUAGAAGAUAAGAAUAAGGUGUAUGCCACCACAAUCGCUAAACACGAGCAAAGCAUUGCAGUUCUACGAGACGAGGCUAUGAAUGCUCAGCAACUCCUUGCGCGGGCAGAGGUAAAUGUUUCGAUGCUUCAAGAAGAAAAACAAUUACUGAAAGAUGCUGAACAACGUCUUCUAGUCGAGAGAAAUGCAUUAGUAAGCGAGCGACGUAGCCAAGGCCUUCUUCAUGCCAACUUGGAAUCGAUCAAGCUAAAUUUGGAGCGUGGCGAAUGUGAAACUCGAAUGCGUUUACAGAACAACGUCACUGCUUUGGAACAACAAAUUGAGUUGCUACGAAAGAAACUAGAUCUUGAGGAACAACGUUAUCGAGAAACAGUGAAAUCUUUCGAAGAUAAACUUGCAUCUGAUCAAGUUCUUUUGAAAGCUGCAGAAGAGAAAGCCGCCAAUGCGGAAGCACAAUUGGUAGCAACUCGUGAACGUUUGACUCUGGCGGAAUCGCGAACAGGAUUAACAUCUCCAACUCGGAAAGGACAAGUAACGCGUUUACUGUCUACUACCCCAACAUCCGUCGCUGCUGCUAAUGACAGUGAUCUUGUUGGUGAUCUACGAGCUCAAUUGGCUGAAGCGCGUACGGAAUCGAGCAAGCAUCGAGAGCAAUUGGAACUCGUUCGCCAACAAGCCGAACAAUACCGUUCAAUUGCCGAUAGCAUGGAAGAGCAGCUCAACAAAAGUAACGAAGCCAGCCAGACAUUCAAGCAAGAAACAGAACAACAUUUGGUUAAAUUAAAUGAAGAUCGUUCAGAACUAGCCCGCAACCUUCAAGAAGCUCAGAAUAAACUUAAGACUUUGGAAGAGGGAGCGGCGAUCUUGGGUCAAGCAACGGCGCACCAGUCAGAAGAAGUUUCUAAUCGCAUUACAGCACUCGAAGCCGAAUUAGCUUCAAUGGCUGAGAAAUUUAAAUUGGCCGAAGAUUCUGAAGCAAAAGCCCGCGAAGAAGCAUUAGAUCAAGUAAAGAAUGCCAAGGAAGCACAAGAAAAGUACGAAAGGGAAUUGAUGCAGCACGCAGCCGAUGUGGAACAGCUUAAUUCCGUCCGUGAUCAGUUCGAACAGACCCUCUCUCAAUUAGCUGUUCUUCAACAGACUUCAGCUAGAAUAGAAACUGAGCUUGCGAGUGGUCGCAUUAGUUGGGAAACACAGAAAGAAAUGUUGGAAAAAGAAGCCAGUGAAAAGGCUCGACGCUGUUCCGAUCUAGACAAACAGGUUGAUUUAAUGCAACAACAGAUUGUCACUUUAAGUACUCGCAUGGCAGCAGCGACACGUUGCCAGGAGAUAGCCGUCAGGACGCAAAGUGGUGACGAUUCUAACACUUCGCUUAAUGUCUCCAUCAGUGAAGAAGAUAUGCGUUCUACUGAUCAAUUGCUCGAACUCGUUCGAUUUCUGCGUCGGGAAAAGGAAAUUGCCAUUUCCCGAUCUGAAGUACAAGAAGCCGAAACGCAGCGUCUCAAGACACAACUGGAACAAGCCGAACGUCUUGCAAGUGAAGCUCAGACUAAUUUGCAUCAUGAGCGAGAGCGGUCUGCAACAUCUGCACUGACAUCCGAGAAACAUACAGAAAUGCUUCGUAGAUUGGAAACACUGAAUGCUCUUACGGAUAGUAACCGACUGUUGCGAGAUGAACGAAGUGGUCUUAUCAGUCGACUUGAAGAACUAACGGUUAAAGUGAGUGCUUUGGAAACCGAAUUGGAACCAUUGCGAUCUACAAACCAGGAGUCAGCCAGUAAAUUAGAUGAGCUCACUUCCGAGAAUAAUACAUUGCGCAAGCAAGUUAUGGUUUGGAGGACAAGAACCAACGCCUUGCAAGAACGAGCAGGCCGAGCUACAGCCGAUGAGAUUAAGAAGUUACAAACUGACAAGGAGCUGGUUCAGAAGCAAUUAGAACAAAUUCAAAAACAAGUGGAACACAUGAAGGAGAUCCAAACCAAGACAGCCACGCAGUUGACUGAAACUCAACGAAUCAACACGCAAUUGAUUACAACACAGCAUAAAUUACAGGAAGAAGCUCGUGUUGCCAAAGAGGAGUCUCAAAAAGCCCAGACGGACAUGACUACAGCUAUUGCCAAACGUGAUGAAGAAACAGCCAAAGCUGCGGAUCAAGCAAAUCAGUUACGCCGUAUUGCUCGCAAGUACAAGACACAAUACGAGGAGCUCAAAGUCGAACACGAAAAACUAGUCGGAGAUAAAGAAACCUUAGCUUCUGCAGCGGCAGAUUCCGCAAUGGCAACGACAACAGCAGUCCAAGAUGAAGCUGCUAAUGCUGCAACAGCUGAGGCAUCUGCUGCUACGGCUGUCGCUCAGUCCACGCGAAUUCAGGAGUUGGAGGAGCAGAUAGCCCAAAUGACUGCCGAACUGGAGCAAAUUAAGCAAGAGAAUCAAGCCAUGCGUUCAAAAGAUGAGAAGGCUACAAAUGUUCUGAAAACAACUCGUCAAAAGUUAGCGUCCUUGCCAAACCUCAUCAAGGAGAAGGAAGCUCUUGUUUCUCAACUAACAGAAGCACGUGACAAAAUUGAAAACUUGGAACAAGGAAGUGAGGAACUUAAUGUUCGUACUGCUGCCCUACGUUCUCAGUUAGAAGGCCGACUCAAUCGACUAGAGCGAGAGAAUAGCGAAUUAGGUGCGGCUAAACAAGCGCUUGAAAGCGAGCUAGAGACAUUGCAACAACGCAUUCCAGUUUUACAGCGCCAGGUUGAGGCUUAUCAAAAGCAACUCGUUUUGGUGCAACAGAAACAGCAAAAACAACAGAUUCAGCAAGCACCUCAACAAACUAGCAACAAACCCCCCAGUGCUGACAAAACGAUAUCGGAGAAUCCACCCACAGCUAACAUUAAACCCAUGGCAUCAGGAGCAACUGUCACACCACAACGUCCUCCAGUGAGUUCCAGUCCCGGGCAAUCGACAUCAGGACCAAAUCAAAUCCACCGUACCACUCCAACUGCUAGUAUUCGUCCGAUGGCCAUGACUACCCGUACGUUAGCAGUGCAGCCUACUUCUGUUUCAGUAUCUCCCAUGGCGCCACCUUUGAUCGCCAUUGCAGCCCCUACUCCGGUUGCCCCGUCUACUCCGUCUCCAGUUGUGAGAGAAGACGAACCAGUUGCAGGACCCAGCUUCGUGUCCGGAGGUGACCAAACUCAAUCUACGAGUGGAGCUGAUGAUCGCUCGAAAAAAAGAACUCGCGUCACGGAAGAAUCUCCUUCCACAGAUGACGCAAGUGCCAAGAGGACACGUUUGUCUGAACAGACAGAAGAGGAGGUAGAGGUCGUUGAUUUACAUGAUGAACCAACAGAAGAAUCUACGGAAGAAUAUACAGCACGAACCGGCGAGAUGGACUUGGUGAUUGAGUAUGAAGAACAGCCCCAAGACGAUCAUGAGGUCGAAGAGGAAGAAGUAGAAGAAGGUCUUAUCGAGAGUGAGGAAGAAGAAAUGGUAGAAACAGUAGAGUCUGAAGAAGGCGAACAAGAAGAUGAAUGUGAUGAAAUAGUCGUCGAAGAGCAACGGGACGACGUGGAAGAACAAACACAAUCAGGCCAAGAUUCCGAAGCUGUCUUGACAAUCAAUGAAGAUGAAUCAGCUUCAGGCACUGUGGAACAAUCUACUGAGACAGAAGAAAUUGUCAUUGUUGUUCAGGAAGAGCAACAACCCGCUGCGGAAGACGUAGAACCUGAAACGUUCGCACCUGCCUCUACAAACGAAACUGCUCCUUCUUCUGAAGUGUCUCAAACUACUAUUCGCCCUCCACCCAGAGAAGAUCGUUUGCCCUCAUUUGGUAGAAAUACUCUGGCCUUUGAAGACGUGGGGGAUGAUGGAAUCGUUCCCAGUACUCCUGUCCUUCUGCGGCCAAGAACGAAUGAUGGUUUUGCUGAAGCCGUCAGUUCGCCACAAGUCAACACGCGCUUCGUUUUCGGAACUGUUCCGGAUCUGUCGCUGUCGACUGGCAGUAGCCACAUCAAUGCUCCUUCUCAUUUGGAAUCGCAAGGCAUGGAAGAUACACGUAUGGAUUUGUCUCAGCUAGAUGAGAACUCUGGUCGUAGCGUGCCAUCUACGCCAUUGCAAGCGUCACCCCACGACGAGUUGCCUACUGGCUGCCCAGGAGAAGACGCUUCAGUGGUUCCAUCAGGAAAUGCCGAAGAACAAGGAGAUUUCGAAGGUGGUCCUGACCUUGAAGGUGAUGCUGCCGCCGAAAUAGACCUUCUUGGCGAAGAUGACCAAGAUACUGGUAUAGAUAACGAUCAGUCCACCAGUCAAUUAGGGCAAGAUGCAGGUCCUACAAGUACAAAUGAAGAUGAAUCUAUGCCGGAAGUUCAGAAUGCUCAAUCGGUUGAAGGCCCAGGCCAAUCAAUGACGACACAACCAUCUUCUGCACCAUCGUUUUCUUGUUCCCCGACUACUCGGGCGGCAAUGACUCGACGAGGAUCAAUGGCUGGUUUUCCACGUGGCCGAGGAAUGAGCCGCGAAGAUUCACGCUUGUCGGCUGGGCCGAAUCCUAGUCGUCCCGUUCCCAUUACUUGGACGCCCAAUCCAGAAUCGCAGCAGGCUUAUACUCCUAACCCUGCACGUGUUUUCCGUCGCGCUACAGCUGUAGUGGCGUCACCUGCUCCAGGUACGCCUUCUGUAACAACUGAGCCACCUGUUGUUGUCCCCACAGCCGCUCCAGUUCCAUCGCUCAUUCGAGGCAGAGGAGCAACGCGAGGUCGCCCGCGAGCAAGAGCACCAAGGCGGAUGUAAACGUAAAUAUUGUGCUUUAACUUUGAUUUUGAUUUCCGUUACGUUCCUGAUAUUGACAUGUCAGUUUUUUCGUUCUUGAUUUAAAUGAUAUCCUCAAUCUUUCAAGAGGAAUUUUUAAAUACACAGUCUACCAGUUCGUACCGUG